AUGAAUUACCCAUAUCCAACAUCUUCACCUUAUAUGCAAGCAACCAUGUCACAAGCCGUACAAGCAAUAAUGACUGGUGGAGCAUUGCCUCCAAAUUGUCUUUUUAUGCCAAUGCCAUUUCAACAAGCUCAACAAAUAUUACCACAAUUAAUGAUGACAUCUGGAAUUGGGAGUAAAGACCCAAAUGUCUUUCCUCCACAAACACCAUAUUAUAAUCCACCACCGUAUUCGAAUAAUCCUCAAACACGGGGUCGUAUACCUCAAAAAAAUUAUAAAUAUCCAAUGGUUACAUAUAAAAAUAAUAAUAAUAAUAAUAAUAAAAAAUCGAAGAAACCAAUUCGUCAACAACAUCAUUCAAAUAUUUAUAAUUCGUCUUCAUUUGAUUCUUAUAUGCGUAAUUUAAGUUGGAGUCGUUUAUUUCAUCGUCAUCCUCAAAAAUCUUCUAAACAACGAAGUCAAGAUCACACAACAGUAAAUUAUGAUAAAAAAUCAAAUUCAUCAAAACAACAACGAUCAAAUUCUUCAACAUCAUCAUCAUCAACAACAAGUGAUGAAACAAUACGACGAGUUAAUGUUACUACUAAACAAUCAUCUAAUAUAAAUCCAAAACAACAAACCAAAGGUAGUUUACCAUUUAAAUAUUCAUCUGAAUUUGUACCAGGUAUUGGUAAACAACAACCGCAAAAUAUCAAAUCUAAUGAUAUUUUCAUUGUUAAAAAGCCUUAA